AUGCAUAGUCUUUCCAAGCAAUUUCUGCUCGUUCCAGGCCUAUUUGCUACGUCCGUUGCAUGUCAUACAUAUAGCCAUGACUCUGUGAUCGCAGGCGUUGCUCCCGACGCUUUGCCAUCCACCCUUCCUCAUACCGCAUACACUCUACCAUCCUCGUCAACGUCCACGGCCCCUCGCUGA